GACGCAAUAAUCUGACUCGUAACUUCCUUGUUUUUGUCGGAUCCAUUAAACUGAAACCAUUUAAUGCAUAAACAUUGAAAACAGAGGAGACGUAAUGCAUUUUACCAGAUCUAUCAUUUUAAACAGGCGGAGAAGGCAAGGCUGUAUAGCCUAGGAGCUCUCCUUUCAUCCAUCCUUCUACCCCUCUGUUUAUGUGAAUAAUGAUGCUGUGUUGGGGAAGCAGUGAUUCGGGUCAACUGGGCAUUGGUGCAUCAGAAGUGCCGGUCUUUGAGCCUAGGAACUGUUGCAUGUUUGACGGGAGGGGUCUGAAAGAAGUGGCAUGCGGUAGCCACCACUCACUCUUCCUUUUGCAUGACGGGAGCGUGUAUGCGUGUGGCUCCAACAGCUACGGUCAGCUGGGCCAUGACAAGGGAGGAGCCAGGCCAGAGCUGGUUGGAGCUCUGGAUGCUCAGAAGAUAGCUGGCGUAUCAUGUGGUCAGACUCACUCUCUGGCUGUGAAUGAGCAGGGGCAGGUGUUUGCCUGGGGGGCCGGUGAAGGUGGGCAGCUGGGUCUGGGGACAGCUGAGGAGACAGUCCGGGUGCCCAGGUUGAUUAAAAAGUUAUGUGAGCAUCGAAUCUCACAAGUAAUGUGUGGCAACCAGCACUGUAUAGCACUUUCAAAAGAUGGUCAGCUGUUUGUAUGGGGUGAGAACUCUAGCGGUCAGUUGGGCUUAGGGAAGGGAGAGCCCAGCACUCUGUCUCCUCAACCGCUCAAAUCUCUGAGUGGGAUUCCACUGUCUCAGAUCAGCGCUGGAGGAGACCACAGCUUCGCCUUGUCCCUCUCUGGAGCUGUGUUUGGCUGGGGGAAAAACAGCGCUGGACAACUAGGGCUCAAUGACUCACAAGACCGAGCUGUUCCCUGCCACAUUAAGUUUCUGCGGUCGCAGAAGGUUGUGUACAUCAGCUGUGGAGAGGAGCACACUGCUGCCUUGACUAAGGAAGGGGGUAUGUUCACAUUUGGGAACGGUUCAAGAGGACAGCUGGGCCACGACUCCACCAACAAUGAGCCUCUUCCACGCAGAGUGCUGGAGCUCAUGGGCACUGAAGUGUCUCAGAUCACUUGUGGACGGCAUCACACCCUGGCGUUUGUGCCCUCUACUGGUCUGGUUUAUGCUUUUGGCUGCAAUGCUCAGGGCCAGCUGGGUACAGGGAUGAGGGAAAAUGCCAAGAGCCCACUUCCUGUCAGGAACAUUCAGGCCCGGUGCAUUGGAAAUAUACACACAAAAACAGAGUGCUACACCGUCAGUAAAAUUCACAGUGGAGGCGAUCAUAAUUUCCUGUUGUUGUCUAACAAGAGUUCAUGUUUUCCUGAGGACUUCCGCAUCAUAAAUAUGACCAAAAGCAUUGCUCUGAUUAAUUCUGAGAAUCUGGACUGCUGGAGGAUGAAGCUCCAUGACAACAGCGAUUCAAGCAUCACAAAUGACAUCAUAGUCCUGUUGUCCUCUACUGCGUGUUGGAAUGCUAGCUUCUUGGACCAAAGUGAUGACAGUCAUUUUAAAACCAACCCUAAAGUCCCAGGCAUCGACUUAAACGCUGUCAGGCUGCUGUUUGAGACGUUAAUGAAACCAGCCUUUUCAAGACUGCUGGAGCAGGCCACGAAGAGCUUUGAGAGUCUGCUGAUCCCUCAGCUGCCCUGCUCUCCUCCUGAUGUGGAAGCCAUGAGGAUCUACCUGAUCCUGUCUGAAUGUCCUGCUCUCCAGGACUCCAAAAACUACAUCUCUCUCACCAUCCCUCUGGCCAUGGCCAUUCUCAGACUGGACGCCAACCCCAGCAAAGUUCUUGAUAACUGGUGGUCUCUGGUGGAUUGUGAGGUGUUCUCCAGACUAGUGGAGAUGUAUAAAAGCAUUGUUGUGUUUUUGUUGACUGGUGGUAAAGCUCUCUUGAUGCCUGUGUUUCUGGAGAGCUACAUCAGUGCAGCCCUGAGACUGCUGGAGAAACUUCAUAAGGUGAACUUGAAGGCCCAUCGUGUGGAAUACAACCACUUCUACAUCCCUGAUAUCUCCAGCCUGGUGGACAUCCAGGAAGACUACCUCAAAUGGUUUCUGCGGAAAGCUGAUAUUAAAAUGCGAUACCCUCCAGUGCAAAGUUCUUUUACGUUAUGUGCCUAUCCGUUCAUAUUGAACGCGCAAGCCAAGACAACCGUGCUGCAAACAGAUGCUGAGCUGCAAAUGCAGAUGGCAGUAAGUGGUGCAAACUUGCACAACGUCUUCAUGCUGUUGACCAUGGAGCCUUUGCUGGCAAGAAACCCUUUCCUGGUGCUCCAUGUACGGAGAAACCAUUUAGUGAGUGACGCUCUGCGGGAGCUUACGGUCUACAAUGACAUAGACUUGAAGAAACCACUUAAGGUCAUCUUUGACGGAGAGGAAGCAGUAGAUGCUGGAGGAGUCACCAAGGAGUUUUUCUUGCUCCUGCUGAAAGAGCUCAUGGAUCCGAUCUACGGCAUGUUCACCCAGUACAGCGAGUCCAAUCUGCUCUGGUUCUCUGACAAAUGUUUUGUGGAGCACAAUUGGUUCCACCUGAUUGGGAUAAUUUGUGGUUUGGCUAUUUAUAACUCCACUGUGGUGGACCUACACUUCCCUCUGGUUCUUUACAAGAAGCUUCUAGAUGUUUCACCUACUCUUGAGGACCUGAAAGAGCUUUCUCCUACAGAGGGCAGGAGUCUUCAACAGCUUUUGGAGUUUGAGGGAGAUGUUGAGGAGACCUUCUGUCUGAACUUUGCAAUCACAAGAGAGUAUUAUGGGAUCACAGAGGUGAAAGAGCUGGUACAGGGAGGGAAAACCAUCGCUGUGGACAAGACAAACAGGAAGGAGUUUGUUCAGGCGUAUCUGCAGUAUGUGUUCAGUGACUCGGUUCAGGAGCUGUAUUCGGCCUUCUCCAGCGGUUUCUUGAAGGUCUGUGGUGGGGAGAUCCUUUCUCUCUUCCAGCCCUCUGAGCUCAUGGCCAUGGUGGUGGGCAACAACAACUACAACUGGGAGGAAAUGGAGAAGAAUGCCACAUACAAGGGCGAGUUCUCUGCUUCCCACCCGACAGUGAGGAUGUUCUGGGAGGUGUUUCAUGACUUCCCUUUGGAGAAAAAGAAACAGUUUUUAUUGUUCCUUACAGGCAGUGACCGCAUCCCUAUCCACGGUAUGGCCAGUUUACGCAUAGUCAUCCAAUCGACCGCCGCGGAAGAGCACUACCUGCCUGUGGCUCACACUUGCUAUAACAUGCUAGACAUGCCCUGCUACCAGACCAAAGAGACCUUACGGCACCGCCUCACACAGGCUGUGGAGCAGUACGAGGGCUUCAGUCUGGUCUGAGCGGGACUGCCGGGUACCGAGGUAGGGCUCCGGAGGUCUGGAAGCCGGUUGAAGGGAUCUUUGAGCAUCUGCUGACACUGCACUUUAAACUUGUGAAGAAAAAGGAACUAAAGCUGCUUUCGCAUUUACUUUACCACAGAAGAGCACAUACUGCAUCUAAUAUAAGUAAAUCUAUUAUUUUCCUAUUUUUUCAGAGUGACUCUGACCUAAUUUGGUUGCAUCAGAUGUAAACAAUUUUUCUUUGUUUUUUUUUGUUAUCAAAGUUUAUAUUUUUAAAUAAUUAGAAAAAAAAUAUUAUUAGGAUGGCGUAGUCGGCAAAAUAAAUUAAAGAUUAACAUUUCUUUAUAUAUUUUGUAAAUAUCAUUAAUGUUUUUGAAUUCAAACAGGUAGAUUGCUCUGUCUAAACCACAAUAAUUUGCUAUUUUUACUUUCUGGUAAGACGCAAACAAAUUUGGAACAAAUUUGCUAGUUAAAAUGCACAAAAUGCCCUCCUUUGCUUACUAUUGACCAGCGGUAUGCAUUUAAAGAAAUAUCCCGGGUUCAGUGCAAGUUAAGCUCUAUUGACGGCAGUUGUGGCAUACUGUUGAUUACCACAAACAUUUUUUUGACAAGUCCUUCCUUUAAAAAAAAAAAAAAUCUGAAAAUCUGGGUUACAGUGAGGCACUUACAGUGAUGUUUUUAUGGUUUACAGUGUUAUAUCGUCAUUGGAUAGAAAUUUUAAUAGAAAAGGUUAGUAAGCGAUUUUAUCACACUAAAAUCAAGUUAACACGCAUAUUGUAUAUGACUUUUUGCCAUACUUUUGACACGGUGAGUAUUUUAACGUUUACGGAUUGGCCCCAUUCACUUCUAUUGCCUCAGUGUAACCUAGAUUUUUGCUUUUUUUUUUUUUUAAAGAAAAGGAAGGACGUCAAAACUAAUUUUUGUGGUAAUCAACAUUAUGCCACAAAUGCUGUUGAUUGUACCUUGUAUUGAACCCGGAAUAUUCCUUUCAUGUCUAUCCAGAAAGAGAUCUCUGUUACAAGCCUCUCCUCCAAAUUGGGAGCUCGUCCAGGAUCAAGAAAAUUAAACCACCAAUAAAACGCACCAGACGGACGGUUUCAGACCCAACACACUAAAGGGUUUUAAUGUAAGAACAAAUCCCACUGUUCCGAGCUUUACUCUUUCCGUCUGUGCUCAAAUUACACAGAUUAUGUAGUUCCGCACUUUCUAAAUUCAUUGAAAUGUAUUUUUUUCCAUUGAUGUACAUUUUCAUGUCAUUAGAAACAUAACAUGUCUCUUCUUAAUGAUAGGCAUGCGUGGACGUGCCAUGCUGGGGGUGGACGCUGAAGCUGCUUUUUGUAAAAUGUUGCAUUAUUUAAUCAAUGUAAAAAAAAAAUAAAUACAUGAGUGGCUUUGGUUGAGAUUUUGUUGAAAAACGUGAUCCAGCAAUAACUACUGGUUGAUGUGUACUAGUUAUGGUAUUUUAAAUAAGUUUUAAUCUGACAAAUGUGAAUAUUUUUAACAGUUGCAUAAUUUUUCCAUUCAAUCCAUUGCAGUUUUCGAUCAAGUCCCUCCUGUUAUCUCGCAGAAAGGUCAUCUUAUAUACUGUAAAGGGGAUUUUGUUUUGUAAUCAUGCUUUCUUAAUGAACAGAGUUUUAGAGUUGGUUUGCCAUUACAAAUGGAUCAGAGUGACUUGCUUACGGUUCCUCAAUAGUCCUUGGUGUGUUGACAGAGAAUGAUAUGCGACUUCUAAUGGACCACAGUGAUGUUGUUUGCUGAGCCCUGUGGUCAGGUGUUUUGCAUCUAGCUGCAUGAGAUGUAUAUGUUUUUCCAUCAUGUACAGUCACGUAAAGAAGUGUUCCUAUCCAACUUAAUCCUUUCUGUCAAUGUAUGCAAACAAGGGCUUCUUAGUGGCUGAUGCAUUGUUAUUUUAGUAAAGUAUAUUUACUUUUAUAGCUUUCAAAUGAAAUAUAUUGUUUUAUCUAUUUUUUCCAAAACAAUAAAAUUAUAAUUUCACUUCA